AUGACGAGGCAAACCCCCCGCCUGAGGCUUCGCCUCCUCUUGACCGCCCUGGCCGUGUUCUCGAUAUGCGCGGGGAGCGCCGCGGAGACGGCCGCGGCAAAUGGAGAACAAAGUGCCCAGGAAGCUUUUGGGACCGUGGAGCCAAGCCAGGCGACGGCGGAAUCGUGGGCCGUGGCUUUCGGUCCCAGAGGAACUGCGAAAAUGCAACGGGACCUCAGAUACUCGCUGCCGCCCCGACCUGACCUCAGUUCGGUCAAUCGUGAGGUCUACAAGAUCGCGAAGAAUCCGCCGCACGACUUCUGGAAACUCGCCAGUGCCGUUCCUUUCACCUUCUACCUCCCUGACAAGGACGGGAGCUACGUCGUCUUCAUUCAGCUGGACAAAAUGAACCUGGACGUCAUCAAGGCGGUGCCCAGUGGCCAGAUCGUCGACUUCAUCAAGUACAUGGGGUGCUUGUUUUUCGGAACGCUGGACGGGCGACGCGACGCACGCAUCAAGAUCGUGAUGGACUGCGGGUCGAUGAACCUGACCAGCCUCAUGUGGUACGGCGGGCUGGGCACGGUGCGCGCGAUUGCGCACGGCAUCGACGACUUGAAGAGUCUCCUCGGCGAGAGAACCUCCCACUUUGUCAUCAUCAACUCCUCCUCUAUAGUCCAGACUGUCGUGGAGCCGCUCAAACGCUUUUCGCCGACGAGCAUGACUGUCCUGGCUUUGGGUGGCCCGGAGGAGUACGUGCCGCACCUGCAGGAGUUGAUCGGAACAGACAGCUUGCCGAAGCUUUACGGCGGGACUGCGACUGUCCCCAUAGGCCAGAGCCCCAUGGCCCUCGCGGUGGAGCAGCAAAUCCGGUCGUUCAUCGCGGCGAAGGAAUCACGGCGCAAGGCGCGAAACAAAUCCCAGUAA